AUGCCGCUCCCUUUGCGGGCCACCAUCUUGUGGCUCUAUGCCCUCUUCACGGUCACCAAAGCCGUCCUUCUUCAUUCUGACCCCCGUUGUGAGCCAGGCGAGUACUGGUGCCAAGACCGGUGCGGUUCUGAUGAGUACGACGACACUUGCUGUCCAACCCCUGACGGCCAACACCAUCUGUGCGGAAGUGGGACCACUUGCUGCAUGUACGGCUGCUGCCCUGCUGGGACAGUAUGCAACGCCGUCGGCGGCUGUGACUCCGUGCCCGGACCCAACACUAGCAGGCCUGGGAGCACGCUAAUCUCGACCCUCACGUCGCAAAUCGUGGUCACUCAGAUACGAACCAGGACCAAGACUGUUACUCUUACAUCGUUCAAGCCGUGCCCCUCCGACGUCACCCACGCCACGUCGACCACCAGCGCCAGCACUUGGGUAAACUCGAAGGGCGAGACGUUCGUGUCGAGUCACUCUGCCAUCAUCAUCGGUGGCACGAAAACGGUUCCUGUCCCGAUGGAGGACACCACUGUGACGACAGAUGGCUACACCUUCACCUUCGGAACCCCCUCCACCUCGGGAAGCCAGCCUGGAGAUGAUGUAUCUCCUACGACAUGGACGAGGUCCGACGGUCAGACAGUAAUCUCGAGUUCUGGCAUCAUCCAGAUUGGAACAAGUCCUCCCAUCACCCUUCCUACAGUUUCGUCCUUGACGACGCUUACAACAGGGGGAGAAACCUUCACCCUGUCUCCCGCCCCAAUGGGUUCCACGGGCGGCAGCACAGGUGCCGGCGGCGGUGCAACAAUGUGGACUCGAUCAGAUGGCCAGACUGUUAUCUCCAGUUCUGGGAUAGUCCAGAUCGGCACCAACGCACCCAUCACGUUGCCGUCAGUCUCGAGUCUCACCACCAUCACAACUGGUGGAGAGACGUUUACGCUGUCGCCCAUCACGACGACGGCACAAACUCAAGCCAGCGGAGUGACAACCUGGACCCGGUCCGACGGGCAAACCGUCAUCUCUAGCUCUGGAGUUAUUCAGAUUGGCACCAGCCCACCCAUUACGCUCCCAUCGGUCUCGUCUCUCACCACCCUUACAACGGAUGGGAAGACGUUUACGCUGUCACCUUCCACCCAAAGCCAGGGCAGCGCCACUACUUGGACCAGAUCCGACGGGCAGACCGUCGUAUCCAAUUCCGGAAUCAUUCAGAUCGGCACCAAUGCCCCCAUCACAUUUCCGUCGGUCUCGUCUCUGACCACCGUUACCACCGGCGGCGAGACGUUUACGCUGUCGCCGACCGCUGUUCCCUCUCAAAGCCAGGCCAGCGUUACCACCUGGACCCGUUCGGACGGGCAAACCGUUAUCUCCAGCUCCGGAGUCGUACAAAUCGGCACCAAACCGCCUUUCACAUUGCCGUCCGUCUCGUCUCUUACCACCCUUAUAACGGACGGAGAGACGUUUACCCUAUCACCAGCUCCCACCACCACGCCGACACAGAGCCAGGCCGGUGCCACGACGUGGACCCUGUCGAACGGGGAAACCGUCGUCUCCAGCUCGGGCAUUGUGCAGAUCGGCACCAACGCACCCAUCACUCUUCCUACUGUCACUGCCCCUACCACUAUCUCAACUGGGGGCGGGGUCUUUACGCUGUUCCCCCCUACAAGUACUUUCUCUACAACCGCACGAGGCGCGACGGGCAUCUUCACCACCAUGCUUCCAAACGGGGAGACGAUGGUGUCCAGUGGAAGCGUGGUCCAGAUCGGGACGGGUUCGCCGAUCACGCUGUCUGGGACAACCACGGUCACGACGGGCGGAGGGAUCUUCACAUGGACUGCUCCAGGUGCCAUCACUACCAGCAGCAGCACGACGUCCGUUGUCGGUGGCCCACUACCCACGUUCUCGGGUUUUCCGGGUGGCCUCUUCCUGUUUCCUCUUCGUGGUGACAAGGUCGAUGAUCCUGAAGAUCCUGACGACGACGGCGACGACAAGAAAACCGGCAAGAAAUGCUUUAUGCUCUGGUUCUUUCCGGUCUGCAUCGAAAUUCCCGAGUUCAAUAUCGAGAUUGAGGCGUGGAACUUCAACCUGCCCCCGGGAAUCUUCCCACCCGGCCCGCCUCCCCUCCCCAAGAUCAGCCUCCCGCCGGGCAUCGGUUUCAAGGGCAGCCUGCCGUCGUGGCCCGCCAUCACCGUCGGCCACAACGGCCAGCCCACGUACUCUUCCAAGCCCACCAACUGCAAGACCGAAACGGCCGAGGUCUGUGUCGAAACCCAGUCCGUCGUCCCGUCAACAACUCAGUUCAUCUCCACAUGCAUACCCGUCCUCGGCUGCCACGCCACCGACGAAGCGACCACCACCACAACCAGCUGCUCCGCCGCGACGGUAACCAGCUUCGCCGUCUCGUGUGCCGCUGGUUUCCCCUCCUCCUGCACGACCCUCACCAGCGUGAUCUCCUCCGGCUGUUCCGCUAGCGGCACGGCGUCCACGACCGUCGGGUCCUGCACCCUCCUGCGCACCUCGACCGUCUCCAUCACCGAACUCAUCCCCGCUUGCGACGUGCUCUCGACCAGCACCGUGUCCAUCACCGAGAUCGAACCCGCCCCCGAGACGACGACCACCAACGGUACCAGCAUCGCUUCCUGGCCAACUACAGACGGAAACCCAAAUGCAACCGUGUCGACCCCCACGACCCGCUCCCUCCGCACGACGUACAUCACUACCUACAUCACCAUCACCUCCACCCCCGGCGCAACAUUCGCCCGAUAG